AUGUUCAUACGCCUACUUGGAAGACGCGCAUUCUCGACAAGCAUUCGAGGCAUUGGCAAACACGAUCAGGAUGUUGGUGCUCUACAGAAUUUGAUGCGCAUGGUCAACGACAUUGAAGCCUACAUGAACCCUCUUGCAACAGCCGAUUUCAAAGUACACACACAGCAAUGUAAAGCUUAUUGCACGCCUGAAGCAGCCGUUGCUAUCCCGAGUGAUGCGACCCUGUUGCCAGUGGAAAGUGAAGAGUACAAGCAUGCCCAUUUGGCUCAGGGCGGUGAAGUUUUCGUGUUUCCACAGCAUAACACACACGUUGCAUGGGCCACCACCACCGACCUCGUUACGAAUACAAGCGAUCAACCUCAUCAACAACAGAGCUUUGCUUUUGCAUAUGAUCAAGACGAACCCACGUGCGUCAAGGGCGACUUGAUCUUGUUGAAUCCGGAACAAUCACCCACAUUGGCCAAGGUAGCACUCUCCUAUGGUAUGGCUCGAUCCGUUCGUUUGGCUGUCUUUGAACAAGAAGUGGAUGCAAUGAUCAAACAAGGCUCGACCUUACAAGAGGAAGCAUUGCUCCAAUUUCGAGAGCGGUUAUGCAACGAAGCCGAUCUCGGUUUACUUGGUACACCAGACUUGACGUGGGCACGUUCGGAUCUCCAAGCCCAUUACACAGCUAUCUCCAAUCGUUUGGAUAUCGGAUCACGUAUUGCUGUCAUGCAUAAGAAAUUAGAAUUCCUUCAAGAUAGAGUAAAUGCAUCCUGGCGAUCACAACUUGUCCACUUGCUCAAAGAUAAACGAUAA